AGUCGAGGAGGUCAGGAGAGGGGAGCUGUGGGGAGAGGUCUAUGGAAGGGAAGGAGUCGCUGAGCGGGGGGCACCUCUGCCACGUGUGCGGGUACCAGUACCCCAACGCCAACCCCAGCGCCAAGCUCCGCCGCUCCCACCGGAAGAGCUGCGGGAAGACGCCGGCCGCGGCGGCGGGAGCGGACGAGCGGAAGGACGACGCCGCGGAGGCGGAGCCGCGCAAUGCGGUGGGCGAGGGGCUCGUGCCACCAGGUAGAGGAGGAGGAGGAGGAGGAGGGGAGCCGGAGGAGAAUGGCAGCCCCGGCGAGGCGAAUGCAGGCUCUGCAUCGCUCGGAUCUGCGAAAGGAGACGCUGAUUUGGUGGAGGUCAAGGAGAGUUCAGAACACACUUCUCUAAAUGUUGCUGGAGUUCAAGACAUGACUGAUUCCUGCAGUGAAACUGGCCUGAUGAAUCGCACAAAUGAUUUUGAUGAAAUUAGAAAAGAAGUUGGACGUCCAGCCGAACGAGAAGAUAGUCUUGAUGAGUACCAGGAUGCAUCCCCUUUUCUUCAUCAAUCAGAUUCUGAAGUUGGUGAGACAGUAGCAGAGAAGUCAGAGUUUUCUAUAGAAGAAAUUAAGAAUUUGGAUAGUUUUUCAUCAGGAGUGAGUGUAGCAGCAAAUGAAAUUUCUGUGGAAAUUGAUGGGGCAUGGAAAGAAAAGUCAUCUGGACAACCAGAUAUGACUGAUUCUGGUGAAUCCGAAGUUGGAAAAGAUGUUGGAUGCCAUUCAGAUAGUAGAGCUGAAUUAGCUGAGCCUACCGUGAAGCUUGAGAGUUCAGAUGAAUUAUCAUUGAAUAUCUACAGUGAUAAUACUGAUAUGGUUGACAGCAAUCCUAAUAAGACAUCUGACUCUAGCGAGUUUAUUGAUGAUAUGAAUGGUUCAACUCUGCUUAUUUCUGACCUAGAAUCCCAAUCUACGUGUCCCAGAAAGGUGGAAAGCUUAAUGGAAGAUAGCUUGGAUGUUCUGCACAUCAUAUCUGAAGUAUCAUCAAGUUCAGAAAAACAGGCAGGACCAGCUAAUGGCGAAUCUGAGACAGAAAAUAAUUCUGGAAAUGACUUCGUGCAAACUGAAGAUGAGUUGAAGCUCACUAAUGCAGUAAAUACUUUGACAGAGUGCCCUUCACAGUGCAAGCAUGUUAAAGAUACUUUAGAUGUCCAGUUGCCUGUUGAGAAUUCGUGCCUGGGUGAUUCAGUAUGUUCUUUAGAUGGUCAUCAGAGUGACCAUGCUGUUACUAAUAUGGAUAGUAUGUGGGGUUCUGAUGAUGAAGAUAUUUGUAGUGAAGGGAUUAAAGCAAAGGGCAGUGAGUUGGGUUUCUCUUGUGAGGAGAGGCCACAACAUGUUGAGCAGUCAGAUUAUAUAGCAGCUGGAAAUCCUUUUGUAGUGAAGCCUAAUGGAUUCUCAGAAGAGCAAGUCUGCAGCAAAGAGAUUGGCCCUGAGGUUCCUGCGAUAGAUCAAGUCUGUGCAAGUCAGGAGCAUGCUGCCUUACAAAUGGAUCAAAUGUCCUCCACCAAGAAUCCAUUCAUUCUGGAUGAUACCAGGAGCGAUGAUUUAUUUGAGCUUGCAACAGAGAGUUACCAUUCACCAAAUGUUGCUCAAUCCAAGCAGGAAGUUGACUUCACACCUCUGCCACUGGACCAGCUGCCAUUUUCUGACCAAACUAGCAUUGCUAAAGGGCAGCACUCUGUCAUCUCAGAUAAUCACAUACUAGCUAUCUCAAGUGCCAGCGGAAAUGAACCUGCAGUUGGCACAGUGGACGUGUCUGUCAGUAGCACUUAUCCUACAAAGAAAAUUUCCUUGCAUGAUGCCCCAGUGAACCAUAACAAGCAGGAAGACGGAGAGUGUGUAAGUGGCAUCAAUUUUGUGCCGUCUCAAGUAUCUCCACCAGAGUUUAGCACAAAGUCUACUUCUCAAGAUAUGAAUGCUGUCAAGACAGAUGAGAACGUGAAUGCGCCGCUUGAAGAUAUAAGCACCAAGGGUAUGACUGCAUCACUGAGUGUAGAUGAUGUUGAAGAAAAGAAAGAGACUGAAGGCACUAGUGUGAAGGAGAUGGAUUCAAUACCCAAAGCAGACAACGUUGAAGAAGAGAAGCUGACUGAUGGCACUAGUGCAGAGAUGAAUGCAGUACAUCACACAGAUGACGCUGAAAAGAAGCAGUCCGGUGACUCUGUUUCCAGGGAAACGAGUACUCUACAAAAUUUACAAGAAAGGCAACAACAGGCUGAAGAUACUGGUGCUAAGGGAGUGCCUGCAGUAGGCAGCAUGGGAGAUACUGAUGUGGAGAACCAAACUGAAAACACUGAUGCAAAGGAGAUGAAGGCAGGAUGUGAGACAUACAGCGCUGACGGCAAGAAGCAGACUAAUGACACAAGCACAGAGGAGACGAACGAAAACAGCCCGGCUCAAGACGCUUGCUCAAAGGACACAGACACCAUGCAAACCAGAGCCAAUGCCGAAGAGAAGAACCACACUGAAGACCCAGCUUUAGCUAACCAGGAGGGAAAUAAGCAGAACGAAGACAUCUCCCUCACAGCAGCGAAGCAGAACUCAGAGAGGGUCCAUGUCCCUCUGAAGGUCCUCCUCGCCGAGGCGAGCGUGGAGACGAAAGAGAAGAAGACGACCGCCAAGGAGCGGGUGCUGUCAUUCAGGCGCCGAGCUUCGAAGGACGAUCCAUCUUCGGCGAAGUCUGGCUCCACCCCGAAGGCUGGUGCUGAUGACAACAAGUACUGGAGCUCCCCUGCCAGACUGCCCGAGAACAAUGCCGAGAAGAAAUCCAAGCCAAGGAGGCAGCCAUGGAUGCCGUUCAUCUGCUGCCACUCGGUACACUGAGCCUUGCAAAUCUUCUUCAGCUAUACACCCAUGUGCAUGUGGCAUCUUGAAGGUUUUAUUAUCGAUAGCACUAGUAGUAGCAUUAGUAGAAGGGCUGCUGUAUGCUCUUUCUUGUAUUGCAUUGUAACUAGAGCUCUCCCCAUCCUUUUGUGUAGAUAGUCCAUGCAGCUAAGAUUGUUUGGUAUGAGCUGAUAUUGUCGCAGAUCUUUGUGUUGGGACGUGAUCCGGUGCGAUUUUGAUGUCGAUAGUAAACUUGCUCAUUGGUUGAUGAA